UCACCGCCAACACAUUAACGGAGCACGUACUACUACAUGUACUAUGGACAUUACUCGUUAGUCAUAAAGUGAGUAAUAUUGAAAAGGGCAAAACUGCCAUACAUUAUAGGUGUCUUUCUUUUGUGAAGUAAGGCAACAUGUGUAACAGUGAAAAAGGAUUUUAUAUCCAAAAACUUGGACUACAGGCACCUAGUAUGAUAAUAGAGCAGCAAAAUGAAGGGAAUAAAUAUUCACGUUAUGCCAAGAUGUUGUUUGCUGGAGGGAUUGCAGGGUGCUGCGCUAAGACCUUUGUGGCUCCACUGGACAGAAUUAAAAUCCUUUUACAGGCCCAUAACAGACAUUAUAAACACUUAGGUAUAUUGUCCACAUUAAAGCAUGUUAUAGACAGAGAAGGUUUCUUCAGCCUAUACAAAAGCAACUUUGCCCAGAUGAUACGCAUAUUCCCAUACUCAGCCAUACAGUUUGGCACAUUUGAGUUCUGCAAAAAGAAUCUACCUGGUAAGAUUGACCAUCCACACUUUCUUAAAUUAACAGCUGGAUCAAUAGCAGGUUCAACUGGAGGCCUCCAUCAUGCAUCGGCAGCAGCCAUUAUGUACUGUAUGACGCAUGACAUCAGCUUUCUUCACUACGUGGGCGCCAAGGAGGCCAUAAGAAUCUCGACUAAUAAGUCGCGUUUUAAAGCUAUCGAGUGA